ACCGUGGGCGAUGAGAAGAGUCCCGAUGAAUCGAUCCAUCUCGCUGCCGCAAUGCAAUUCUCCGGAUUUCGUAGUGUGAUCGGUUCCAUGUGGUCUGUCAAGGAUGAUGUCGCACAGGAGGUUGUGUCUGGUUUUUACGAGAACCUGAUCGAUGAUUCAGGGAGAUUGGACUGCACGCGCGCUGCAACGGCGUUGCACAAGGCUUUGAAGAAAUUGCAGCGCAGUGAUAUUCCAUUGGAACAGCGGAUUGUAUUUGUUCACAUAGGUGUGUAGUU